AUGUCUGGGUCGACCGAGGCCCUGUCGAAACCGUCGGUCAUGUUCAUGCGUCACGUCUCACGCACCAACACCCGUGUUCCACCCAUUGCCCGCCGAUCUUCGUCUCCUAUGCCAUGCCGGAUGGCUAUGAUGUCCCGGGACAAGCUUCAGAAAGAAACUGCGGCGAAGAGUCCCGACCUCCGCCGCUGCCUGGGACACCAGCGGCUGUUCCGUCGCUCGAUUGAGGUCGCGCACGAGGACAUGCGCAAGACCAUGGCAUCCUUCCGGCUCGACGACUGUGACGAAGAAUUCGACGAUGACUUCUACGAGACGCCCUUCUCACCCAUUCGGGAGCAGAUCACCAAUGCAGUCAAAGCGAUAGUCAAACGUCGCGCGUCGAGCCAGCCUCGCCCUGUCAACAGCCAUCCUCCGUCGGAGGAGCCGGUCAGGAUGAUCCGCGUCUCGUCAAAGAGCAACGACUCUCUCAACACUCCGUUGUCGUCACCCUCUACGCAUGACCUCACGAUCCAUCGGACGUCAUCGGCACCAUCUCUCCCCUCGAGGGGGCGCCGUUAUGCCUCGAAACUGGGGUUCGCACGACGUCUGUGGUCGCCGUCUGUCCAGGCAAUUGCCAGCUGA